ACUCAAAAAUUUUUGUUCUCGUGUUUUGAAAACGUCGAGUUUACGUAAAUAUAAGCUCUUACAGUACAAAAAUAUUUAAGAAAUAUGCCUGAAAAUCCCAGAAAUAACCAACAAAAAAAUAAAAAUGAAUCUAAGGAGCAGAGGCGAAAACGGCAGCAAAACCGGCACCCACCUGGUCCUGUAGACAAAAAGGGGGAAACAGAGGUUACAAAGCCCACAGUUCCAGUUGCUGAAAAGCCUGUACCAAGUGAGCCACCACCAGACUUUUAUAAGAAUUUGAAAAGGGAAACAGAUGAAAUUUUAAAAAUAACAGAAGAAGCAAACUCUAAAUACAAGAAAAAGGAAAUUCAAAGCAAUUGGGCAAAAUAUGAAAUGCCAAUAGAAAGUUAUGAUGAAAUUGAUGAACAAGAAAGCAUAGGAGCUGACUUUGAGAGUCUAAUUCAAGCUUCAUUAUCAGUAGGUGGUCACUUUCAAUUCAAACAUGAAAAAUCAUGGGACGUGACCACCGGACCAUCCGUUUAUGACAAAUACUUUGACAUCAACAUGGAUAACUUGAACUUGGGACUAUCCACUAUAACCUUUUACGAUAGGAACAACAUAGAUACUUCGUUAUUCACAGAAAGUGAUAUACUAACUAUGAACCACAGAGCAACAAAGUUCAAAAACAAAUACUACAAUGACAACAAAUAUACCACAGCAGAAUUAGAAGCUGAAAACAAAAUAUUAAGUAUGAUGAAAUCAGACAAUGAAUGCAUUGAAACCAAAAGUAAAAUUGAUGAGACAGACAUUGAUAUCAGUGCCAUUAAUUUAGAAAGCAAUGACGAUAAGGCCAUAUCACAGGAGGAUAAAGAAAAUGUUAUUAAUGUGCCAGAAUCUCCUAAAAAUUUAGAAACUAAAGAGACUGAAGAGAUAUUAUUUGAAAGUCCUCUGCAAGACAAUAAGAAAGUGAUUGACAACACAACUGUGCAGUCACAUGAAAGAGAGGACAAACUUGCUGCAGAUAAUGUUCCUGAAAAAGCAGCAAAGAACCCAGUUAUUGAGUCUCCUGAGGAUUUGGAGAAGUGGUUGGAUGAUUUCUUGGAUGGUUGAUGCUUAAUAUCUGUGAUGUGAAUAUUCCUGUUAUUAUUAAUUUAUGAAAUGUAACUAAUAAAA